GAGAAAAGGGGGAGUGUCGGCCACAAAACCAGGUCUGGAAUCGCAGCGCCAGAGAACCGACUCGAGGAUGAGCCGGAGGAGGAGGAGGAGGAGGAGGCGGGCGCGGCGGCACUUUCGCUCCGGCGCGUCUACUCGAGACACAAAGAUUUCGGGGCCGGUGGGCGGGGAAGGUGAUUGAUUAGCCUGCAAUCUGGUUGCACAGGGCUGGGCGAAGGCCCGAUAAGAGCCUUGAAUGGGGGCUGAUGUCACCGUGAUGUCAAGCUCGUAGCUUCCCGGAGCCGAAAGCGAGGGAGCGCCGAGCGAGGGAAGAAAGAGCCUCUCCGCGCCCACCCGCGCCCAGCGCGGCUGCUCUGCCACGGCACGCCCCCUGCGCCGCCUGCCUGCCUCCCAGAGCCUCAACUUUCGGAUCCGGAUUGUGAAAGGCACCAGGUGGUAGUGGCCGGACCGUAAACCACCUCGGAGUCCCGGGCGCCCGGCUUGGCGCCGUUUGGCUUUGUCCUCCGCGGUGGGGAGAGGCAGGUAAGAGCGCCCGGGCGCUUUUCUCUCGCUCUGGGGAUGCGUGGGGUGCGGAUCUUCUGUGGAAGUCGCCCACUGGAGAGCUGAUCCAUCUCCCUCACACUCCCCCGCACGGGUCUCUAAAAGUUUGGAACCUCUCCUCCCCCCCCCCCCGCCUUGCUGACCCGGUUGACUCCAGAAUAUUUGUGUGCGUCAAAGGUGUUCCCCUCCCUUGGCUGAAUGGAAGGGACAGAGCAGGUCUAACAACAACAUCCCCUGCCCCCUGUUCUCAGUCUCCCCCUCUCUAGCCUGUGCGUUGGGGGAAACUCCUAGGUUAGCCCUUUAAACUAUACGUUAGAAAUAGCUUACGCAGCUGUAGUGUUUGAAUUUGAUACAGAUGCUUCUCCCGAAGAAUAAUACUGUCAUGGUGUGCAUUUGAGUUUUGGUUUUCAGAUCUAGGCAUUUCUUUUUUAAAUCGGUAUUUGAUACUGGGUGGGGGAGGUUUGAAGCUUCGAAAAAUGGAGAUGAGGAAAGCCUGUUUAAACAAGAGAGGAAAUAUCCCCCCCCCCCCAGGUUAGAUUUCAGCAAGGAGACAAGUCAAAGGGUUUUGAGAAUCUGGGCUGGCAAAAUGUGAAUUGGCCUCUGUUUAACCGCUGGUGUGGUAGUUCUGUUGAUACACAAAAACGCACAGGACAAAGGGUUUGCAAAAUGCAAUCUGUGCCUGUGUACUAGGUUGUGUCUUAACCCUCCAGUAGGAUCUGAUAACUGAAAUAGGGGAAACUAAACCAUAGCGAGUUGUGAGUUAUAGUGGAGGGUGGGGUAGUAAUGAAAACGGCCCCCAGAAGACCAGGAAUCAAAUCUCUGCUCAUUCUCAAAGCUUGCUAGUGGGUUGGGGUUAUUGGGAGGAUAAUGUGGAAUAAGUUCACAUGUGCCACCCCAAGUGCCCUGGAGGAAGGGCAUGAUGCCAAUGUGACAGAUAAAUAAAUGUUGUUUCUCUCACAUGUUGCCCUGGUAAUGUGGGAAUGGGAGUGGUGUUGGUUGGUGUGGAGAACCAGGUGAGCUCUGUUUGGGGAAGGGAAAGGAAAUGAGUCCUGCGGUACUAAGGGAAGAGAACUAAGAUGUAGAUUUUGGGCAAGGGAUAGUGAGUUGUAAAGCAGAACUCUUAGCUUCUUUCUGGUCCUGUUUAAGUGGAUUUGGAGUUUUGGACUCCAGGCAAGGGGGUCACAUAAUUUUCCAAGCUCUGGAGUAGGUGAAAAGGCCUUGCCAAGCUCCCAUCUCGGAACCAAGUUUAAAAAAACCCCAAACACCACAAAGUUAUACGGCCCAAUGGAUGACACUGCAGAGUUGCAGGGGUUGCCAAUCCUUGCGAGCUAGUGGGCACUUUUGCAAACCGAAGAAACAAUUGUGAGUGUCUCACCCAUUAUAUUGGCUAGGAUAGAAUGCUUCUCCCAAGCCUAAUUUCAGCAGCGGGGAGAGGCAGGGACCCUGAGGCUGCCACAGAAGGUCCGCAGAUUCAUGUGUGCCCACUAGGCCACAUUGCCAACCCCCACUUUCAGGCAGGUGACAGGCCGUCCCAUCGGUGAGAGUAUAGCUCUGCGAUUUGGAGCGGAAUAUGAACCUUUUCACUCCCACUGCCGCCCCACAGUUUUUUGCUUGCUUGCUGAUUUUGCCAUAUGACCUUCAGGAACUCCCCAUUUUUAAUUUUUUAUUUUGCCUGCAAUACGAAAAAGCCAAUCCUGGGUACAAAGACUGGGGAUGAGGCCCACUGGAUUCAGCGGUGCUUACUCCCAACAGUCACCCUCUCCUGAGAAGUCCUUGGGGGAUUUUGAACCCCCGUGAGAAGGGCGAGAUCCAAUAGGAUCUGCUACACCAACUCCUGACUUUCCAAACCAUUCCUCUCUCUUGCUCUCCAAAACAGAUAGUCUCUCCUUGCUUCCUCCUCCCUUGCCUUUUCUCCUGCCCUCUGCCCACACCAGGCUCUUAGCUGGAACCAGCCUCUUGAGACAGAUCCGGUAACAGCUUCCAGCUACCUUGAUAAAUGUGGCUUGCUUCCUGGAGAAGGAGUGAAUCAUACGGGAUGGGACAGCCUGGGCCUCUGAAGUUAAACUGGGGGGGGGGGGGGCACGGCAAGUUGCAUGGAUUGUUUUGUUUUGCUCUGACGAAGACGUGCCCACAAUGGCACUGGGGGUUUUGCUCUUUGGAAUGGGAAGCACAACACGUCCCUAUGCUGUGUUACGCAAGAUCCUUAUUUAGUGCAGUGAAAGAGAUCACCCACCCAAGCCUCUGUUGUGCAAGAAGGGACAUGAGUGGAGAAGUUUAAAAGACCCUGAAGUGUUUAACAAAAGUGGUUGGCUUGCUCUGUGCUCCUGAGAUGGUAUGGAAACAAGCAGAAAUGUCAGCACUGUUCUUCUUCUUAGGCAAUCCCUUGUAGCUGAGUAAGAUUCUUUCAUAAACACUGUUUUAGCAGUGAGUCCAUAAGUGACUGUGGAGGCCAAUUCUGGAUCCACACGUUCUUCCACAGUGUGGACAUAGGUUUCCGGGCGGGAGUUGAUCAUGGUGUGGAUUUGCCAAGUGUGCUUUCCUCUUAGCUCGUUUCUCCCUUUCAUCCUGAGUUCGAGUGUCUUCAAAGCCCAGGACACCUUUGGGAAAGGCUGUUCUCCAAUUGGAGCGCUCACAGGCCAGUGUUUCCCAGUUGUCGGUGUUUCUACUACAUUUUUUAAGAUUUGCCUUGAGAGAGUCUUUAAACCUCUUCUGUUGACCACCAGCAUUACGCUUUCCAUUUUUAAGUUUGGAAUAGAGUAGUUGCUUUGGAAGAUGAUAAUCAGGCAUCCGCGGUUGUGUCAGCACUGUGGUUUCACAUUGGCACGUGAUUCCUCUCCCCUUGAGCAGUGCCUCUACACGGUUAGUAUUAUUAUUAUUAUUAUUAUUAAUGCAACGUGUUAUUUGUUGCUUGCUCCUGAGAAAUGUUGAUAGCCUGUGAAGCUGUGCUAUUACUAAAAAUUAGACCAUUUGCCUAUCUAGCUCAGUACAGUACCUCAGGUACAUUCAGUGGUACCUCAGGUUACAUUCGCUUCAGGUUACAUACGCUUCAGGUUACAGACUCCGCUAACCCAGAAAUAGUGCUUCAGGUUAAGAACUUUGCUUCAGGAUGAGAACAGAAAUUGUGCUCCGGUGGCGCGGCGGCAGCAGGAGGCUCCAUUAGCUAAAGUGGUGCUUCAGGUUAAGAACAGUUUCAGGUUAAGUACGGACCUCCAGAACGAAUUAAGUUCUUAACCCGAGGUACCACUGUACUUUGUUUUUUUCCUGUUUGGCACUGGCUCUUGAGCAAGGGGUGUUUCCUGUUCCUCCUUCCCAAGAUCCUUUUAAUUGGAGAUCCCAGGACUGAACCUGGGACCUUCUGCGUGGUCACCCUUGGAGCCAUCCCUAGGCAGCGAUGACCCAUUAGAGCAAACCAAAUCGAAUUUCAAGAUGUCGCUGCCAAGAUCAACAAGUGCCCAGUUUCAACGUGGUGUAAGCACCGUUUUUUUGCCAGUUUAGGAUUUGAACUGUAGGGAAAGUGAGGAUGAAAGUUAAGCUACUUCAUAUAGGGUUUUUUGGGGGGGGGGGGAGUUCUGGUGAGCCAGCAGCGAUGUUAACAGAACUACCGCCAACCCCACGUUGCUCUUCUCCAUAAUAACUCCCACUGGGGCAUCUACACCAGGAGCUUGCAUGGGUUAAUGUUGAUCAAAUGCUGUUCAUUAUCAGGGCAAAAAUGUUCGCUCUAAAGACAGAGGUGGCGGCGACAGAUAGGCCAAGUCCUCACUGAAUGAUGGUUUCUUCCAUCCUGGCACUCAAGGCAAUGCAUGUAGGGUUCUCAGGCCGCCUCCCAUGCGCACCUCUUCCCAACACAUGCAUGCACUCAGACCAUGCUUUGGGACACAGUCUCUCCUUCCUCUUAGCUGUGUAGCAUGUGCCAUAGAUGUUCCAUAGAGACCCAGGUGCUUAGGGAAGCAGUUUCAGCGAGGAAACCCUGAGGCAAGGAGUGGUGGUGAGAAACUCAGAACUAUAAUUGCCGCAUUCGUUCAGCAAGAUAACGAACAAAAAGCACCCCUCCUGCCUUUUGCGAGGUGCAGACUUGCAGAGCAGGAUGCUGCCAUAAUGUUUCGAGUACACAGAGCAGGCGGCUGGGAUUUGACCGUGCGCAACCGUCUGGACUGAGCGACUAUUGGGCAUGUCGUGGCUGCAGGGAAAAAAGGAACACCAGGAAUACCUGCACAUGUUCAUUAUAAUUUCCAGGCUGUAAAAGCAAGCUGGUGGUGUGUACCUCGGUUUCCAUAUGCAGACUGCAGCUUUCUACAUCUGCUUAGAAGGACUUAGAAAAAUGUAUUUUUAUUUGUUGCAUUAAUAUUCCGACUCCCCCCCCACCGCCAUGAGCUCGAGGCAGCAUGCAUAGUAUUCCUGCCCCUUCCACUGCAGCCUCCCAAGAACCCCGUGAGGUAGGAUAGGCUGAGAGAGAGUGGCUGACCCAAGGCCCACCCUGUGAGAUUCAUAGCUAGGUGUGUGUGGAUCUGAGCCUCCCCAGUCGUUGGAGGGACGCGGGUGGCGCUGUGGGUUAAACCACAGAGCCUAGGACUUGCCGAUCAGAAGGUCGGCGGUUCGAAUCCCUGUGACGGGGUGAGCUCCCGUUGCUCGGUCCCUGCUCCUGCCAACCUAGCAGUUCGAAAGCACGUCAAAGUGCAAGUAGAUAAAUAGGUACUGCUCUGGCGGGAAGGUGAACGGCGUUUCCGUGUGCUGCUCUGGUUCGCCAGAAGCGGCUUAGUCAUGCUGGCCACAUGACCCGGAAGCUGUACACUGGCUCCCUCGGCCAAUAAAGCAAGAUGAGCGCCGCAACCCCAGAGUCGGCCACAACUGGACCUAAUGGUCAGGGGUCCCUUUACCUUUACCUUUAGUCGUUGGAGGUAGCACCACACGUAAGUGUUUCUCAUGCUCCUCAUCAUUCAUCUUGACUAUCACAUGGAUAGCCUGUAAGCCAUAGAGGACUUUGUGGCUCUGCUGAAAGGAGUGGUUUUAAAAAACCCACCUCUAGAGGUGUGAGAUGCAAUCAACCUGCCUGUCUCCCGAAAUGAUUGGCAGAGUAGAAUUAAAGCCUCACCACAAAUCAGUGGCUUCCAGAGUGAAGUGCAGCUAUUGUUCAAUCUACACAGUUAUGCGCUAGGCAGGAAACAGUGGAUCCCAUAGCCACACAGCAAUCAUCCGUAGUCUCCACAAUUCUGAAACGCAGUGUGUGUUUUUCCUACACAAACAAUGAAAUGGGCUAUAUAGAAUGGUGCAUUUGAAAAUAACAUAUAUGUGAUACCUGAUCUGUAAUGGGGCGGGUUUGUUGUUUUCCUUUCAACCCCCCAAAAGUUUGCAAAUUCUUUGCAAAGAAAGCGAAUGCGUUCGCACAAAUGCAUUGCAAGUUUUGUGGCUUAAUCAUUAAGCAGUCUAACUGUGAUUAUUGAGAUGGAAACCACAUUAACUAAAACAAAGCCCUGUCCAGCUGCUAGGGCAGGGAAGAAGUUUUGGAGUAGAUGUACUGAAAUGAGAGGUGUGGACUGGCAAACGGAACCACCAGCAAACUUCUGCUAGUGAGUUAGCUGCUCAAGGUAGUCUUGCAGCUCCAGACAAGAGGGAAUGCUUGAAUUUCUCUCUGUCCACAGAUAAGCCACCAGACAAAACUCUUUUAACACUAGUGGGAUGAUAAAUAAUCUCUUAAGCAGGAAGUCUAAUAUUCCACACCAUAAAAAGUAUCCAAGUUUGGCGACUAGAAAAUGCUGAAUUAUGCAAUGCUGAUUUAUGUAAGCUGGGGAGGAAAUCACAUAAGUGCUCUGGCUUUCACAGAAUUGCAGACUUGCAGAGCUGAGAAAAUAUUCUGUGUGCAAGCCCUCCCAGAUCAGUGGUCUCAUCUGAAACAAGAACAUUCAUGCCCCAAACCCCUAGGUGUUCAGCUCAGAUAAGAGUUGUCCUAACAGUUUCCAUUUUACUAGGAACACUGCCAGAAAAAGAUGGUUGCACCCAAGGGUUUGCCGUCCCUUGGCAUGGAGAUGUAAUGAUGGAAAGAUGUGUGGCUGUUUCAUGGUGUCUUCUAGAUUUUGUGAACUACAACUCCCAUUAUCCCUGACCAUUGGCCCUACUGAUUGGGGGAUGAUGGGAUUUGGAGUCUACAACAUGGAGGGCACAGCUAUUUCUGAGCAUCAGUUGAGCAUGGGCAUUACAUGGAUGAUAUCCUGUUGCUCCAUCAUUGUUCCGAUCAUUCCUGCCUCUUGCUGAUUUUUGAGCUGUAUGUUUUCUGAACCACCGAUAGAACUGCAGUCUUCAAAAAUUAAAUGGUCUUACUUUCUCAGGAUUUCAUCUAGACCUCCAGGUUAAUACAUUACAUGGAGCCAAUUAAAGCCACAUAGGUGAUGAUCUAUAGAGUGCAAGUUGGUUCUUAGGGCUGACCAGGUUGUUUACUAUGAUGAUUAGUUUUAUAUAUUGCUGCCCGCUGCGAAAAGUCCCAAAGCAGUUUACAACCAGUAUAAAAAUAAAAACAAGCCUAUUAAAAGCAUAAUCGGAAUACAAGCAACUAGUUUCUGGAGCUGCCCAAAUGCCCUGGAGAAGAGAAAAAAAACAUCUUUGCUUGGUGCUGAAACUAUGACAAGACAGGCCUUAUUCUUACCUAAGCCAACGAAACAGGUCCUUGAACAGUCCCAGCUAAAAGCUGUCUGAUGAAUUUAGUUCCUUUUAACCUUGCAUCAUUCGGUCUCAAACUUUAUGAUGGUUAUAGUUCAGAAAAGAAACUGAAAGGAUAAGGGACCUUCCUGCUUCUCAGCACUUUACCUUGAGACUGGAAAACGGGCUUUUGCAUAGCAGAGAACGUGCAGCAUUCACGCUAAUGUAUGGACUGUUAGGUUUUGGAGCUGAACUAGCCUCGUGCCUGUACUCCUAAAGGUAACCUAAACUGAAUGGGCGCCAGCAUUCUCAGCUAGUACAAGAAGCGGCUGUCUGAAUAGGAGAGAGAAAGCUGGAGCAGCGCUAGCUCUCACAUGCUGUAGCAUAAAGCCCCAAUCCCCAGAAGCUGGGACUAGCCCAUGAUCCAAGCCCCACAACAAGCGGAUUUGGAAGGCAUGUGAGAGAGUUCUCUUCUUUCGGAAGUCAUCUGCAAUCCUCUAAGCCUGGGAACCAAGAAGUGUUGAGUGGCAGCCAAGGGGAGGCCAACACUUUGCUGGCCGAUUCUUUCUCAGGGGGAACAUGGCUGGUCUGGGAAUAUGCUUUGCAGUGGGGCAGCUAAUUAUUUUGUUUUGUUUUUCCCCCUUUUAUGCUGCAGUUACAGCUGUAUUUAGAAAUGACAUCCUACGUGAGGAUGUGUUCUUCUUCCCCUGCCCUAGUGAUUUCUAAAAAAAGAAUAAUGAUCUAAAAGUCACCUCUGUUUCCUUGAACUCUAAUCCCUCAAAACCCAGCCACAAAAAAGGGGGGAUUCAGGCGUUUUUCGUUGGCCUGCCUGACCUAGCUUCUCUCUGGCCUCUCUCCUCUCCAGCCUUCAGCAAUUUGCCAAUCUGGAGGAGAGGGACAGGGAGCCGGAUGCCUCCCUUGCUUAGGCAAAGCUUUAUUUUAUAUUAAUUUUGUGAACACUUUGAGGUCUUUUUUUUUGUUGCUGCUGCAAAAGAAAUCAAGGUAAUUGAGUCCCAGGAGUCAGCAAAUUUUUUCAGCAGGGGGAAAGUCCACUGUUCCUCAGACCUUGUGGGGGGCCAGACUAUAUUUUGGGAAGAAAAAAAAAAUGAACGAAUUCCUAUGCCCCACAAAUAACCCAGAGAUGCAUUUUAAAUAAAAGGACACGUUCUACUCAUGUAAAAACAUGCUGAUUCCCGGACUGUCUGCAGGCCAGAUUGAGAAGCCAAUUGGGCCGGAUCUGGCCCCUGGGCCUUAGUUUGCCUACCCAUGUAAUAGACGUUGGGAACGGAAUUGCUAAUUUAACUGUUGGCCUGCUUCCAGGGAGGUCAGGGUGAGGCACAUAGAGGGUGGGGCAGGAUGCCUGACUUAAAUCAUCCCAACAAGAUGCUAAAGGCAGCUAGGUGAAGCCUGAGAAGGCUGGCUGCUGGUGGUUUGGUGGUGCGGUGAGUUAGCGUAUUUUUGCCUCUAACCUUGGAGUGAGGAAGAAGUCUCAAGAGGGUAGGGUUUAAUGGAUUGCUGCUGAUCACUCUGGGAGUCUAUGGUUUCUUCCUCUCAACCCAUUUAUUCUUUCUCUUCUCGCCUUGGUCCAUCAUUUUAAAUACUCUUCAGCGUUGCUCCGAAUCUAUGUAAUUGUGGUGUCACCUGCCCAUAUACCCUUUGGCUGGUAUAAGAACCUAAUGGGCUGUGUUAUGCCAAGCCAGGUCAGUGGCCCAUCUAAGCCCCAUACUUUACCCAGAUUGGCAGCGGCUCUCCCCCUCUCUCAAGGACGAGCUAUGUAUUAUGUGGGGUGCUCCUCACUCCCAGUGCUUGAAAUUAUCCAGGUGCCAGGCUCAUUUUUCACGUGGCUAUUGGCCACUUGCGACCAAGUGAAGAUGCCUGGGCGCCAGGAUGAUGCCUGGCAUCUCCACCAUCUGGGGAUUCUUGGAUCUUGACUGUUUUCACACACUCAUGCUCCAUCCCAUAGGAAUAGGCCAAUAUAUACAGGGCCAGUCAUUUAGAAGAGGCACUGUGGGACAUGUUUACAGUGGUACCUCGGGUUACAUACGCUUCAGGUUACACACUCCGCUAACCCAGAAAUAGUGCUUCAGGUUAAGAACUUUGCUUCAGGAUAAGAACAGAAAUCGGGCUCCGGCAGCGUGGCGGCAGCAGGAGCCCCCAUUAGCUAAAGUGGUGCUUCAGGUUAAAAACAGUUUCAGGUUAAGAACGGACCUCCGGAACGAAUUAAGUACUUAACCUGAGGUACCACUGUACUCUGUAUCCACGGGAUUCCUUAUAUGUGGCCUGUCCCUGGAUCAAGUGACUUUUCUUCUUUAAGUUCUCAAAGUUCUUACCCUAGCUCAAGGUUGUCAUCUGAACUAACCAGGUGUUUAACAGAGAAUCAAUCACAGUCAGCCCACCACCUGAAAAAUAAGACUUUGGAGCUGUCUUGUCCCAAAAUAGACAUUUUGUUUUGGGGACUGUAAUCUUGGUUUAAGGAGCCAUUUGGCACCUAGCUUAUACAGUGGUACCUCAGGUUACAUACGCUUCAGGUUACAGACUCCGCUAACCCAGAAAUAGUACCUCGGGUUAAGAACUUUGCUUCAGAAUGAGAACAGAAAUCAUGCGGCAGUAGUGGGAGGCCCCAUUAGCUAAAGUGGUGCUUCAGGUUAAGAACAGUUUCGACCUCCGGAACGAAUUAAGUACUUAACCCGAGGUACCACUGUAUAUCUGAGUUUCCGACACGGCUCACUCCCUAUCCAGAACAAAAGCUACUGUAUUAGCCCUUCAGGAGUGGGGAGGCUCAAACAUUUCCUCCCCCGCCAACCGGGCUAUAGCAGCAACUUGAGGAGAAAUGAUCAGAUCUGGAAGAGAACAUUGGCAGAGGGAAGGGUUUAAACACUCACUGCCUGCCCCCCCCCCCAAUCCAUGCUCCACUGCUCCCAUUUGGAGUCCCCCCCUGGCUGCGAUUAAAAUGGCAGAAGAUCUAAUCUCAAAACUCUUGCAUAAUGUGUUGUUUGGCCCUGAGGCACAGGCCUGCCUCACUGUGGAGGAAGUGAAUGGAGUAAGUUUUGCUCUCCCAUACUAGAACUUGGGGCCAUCGGAGGAAGCUGUACGUUUGGAGAUUGAAGGCAGACAUGGUGCAGAUUUAAUAGAACACACUUCUGCAAGAUGUGUUUUUCUGACAAGCGACUUAAUAUUAAAACCAAUUAAAAACAAUACAAGCAAAACAACAACAAUUCAAAUCAAAGACCAAGAAAUCAAAGACCAAAACAAAUAGGCAGGGAUACAAAUCCUGUCCCUCUGAAAGAGGUCAAAAUAUACUUCAAAUUAAAGGCAAAAAGUUUUUAGGCAGUGUGAGGGGAAGACUUUGCUUGUAUAUAUAUAUAUAUAUAUAUAUAUAUAUAUAUAUAUAUAUAUAUAACCUGCUAUAUAUAAACAUUAUUUGUUGGGAAUCACACUCAGGUCUUGCUUGCGGGAUUUGUAUAGGUAUCUGGUUGGCCAAAGGACUAGUCCAGGCAUCCCCAAACACGGCCCUCCAGCUGUUUUGGGGCUACAAUUCGCAUCAUCCCUGACCACUGGUCCUGCUAGCUAGGAUCAUGGGAGUUGUAGUCCCAAAACAUCUGGAGGGCCGAGUUUGGGGAUGCCUGGACUAGAUGGAAUUUUUGGCCAGAUCCAGCAAUGCUCUUCUUAAAUUCAUUACAUCUUUCCAGGUACAAUAUAUGCUGUACCAACUGAAUCAUGGCCCUUGCCUUUUCAAUUUUUAAAUGCCUCUGUCACCACCAGUGUCACCCUGCUCUCUGGACUAAUUGUUGGUUAACGCAUUACCUCAGGUUACAGACGCUUCAGGUUACAGACUCUGCUAACCCGGAAGUAGUACCUCAGGUUAGGAACUUUGCUUCAGGAUGAGAACAGAAAUUGUGCAGUGGCGGCACGGUGGCAGUGAGAGGCCCCAUUAGCUAAAGUGGUACCUCAGGUUAAGAACAGUCUCAGGUUAAGAAUAGACCUCCAAAACGAAUUAAGUUCUUAACCCGAGGUACCACUGUAUAGCUAACUAAAGCCAACGGGGAUGGGGUACAGGCAGGACCUCUGGAACGAAUUACGUUCUUAACCCAAGGUACCACUGUACAGUAGCUGGUCUCCUAAACCUCGACAAAGCCCAGCAGUGCUGGUACAGGGGGCCGGGCAGGGUAUAGACCAGGGUUUCCCAAACUUGGGUCGCUAGCUGCUAAUGGACUACAAUUCCCAUCAUCCCUGGCCCACUGGUCCUACUUGUUAGGGGUGAUGGGAGUUGUAGUCCAAAAGCACCUGGAGUGUUGGGAAACGCUGGUAUAGACCUUCACCGGUUCUGUUAUAUAACCAAGCAUCACCAUCGAUACUACAAAAUUGCCCAGUUCUGAUAACAAUACGCUUUCUUUCGGAUACGCUAACCUUGUCUUUUCCCUCCUGUUUUUCAGUUCUUUCCCAAAGUGCCAAGGAAUAUGUGCCAUCGCUCCAAAACGAUGGGUGUACCCAAGGCGCUGCUGCCAUACCUUUGGCUCCUGGGACUUCCCACCAAAGUAUGCUUGGCGGAAGUGACUCCAUCGCCGCCGGCAGGCUGCGGCAAGGACUUGCAGUCCAUCUAUUACAACCUGUGCGACCUGUCGUCAGCUUGGGGGGUCGUGCUGGAGGCGGUAGCCGCCUUUGGUGUCGUAACCACCUUUGUCCUCACCGUUGUCCUUGUGGCCAGCGUUCCGUUUGUCCAGGACUAUCGGAAGAAGAGCUUGAUAGGGACGCAAGCCUUCCUGUUGUUUGGCACCUUUGGGCUCUUCUGCUUGACUUUUGCCUUCAUCGUGAAGCAAGAUUUUUCCACGUGCGCCUCGCGACGCUUCCUCUUCGGCGUCCUCUUCGCCGUGUGCUUCUCUUGCCUGGUGGCGCAUUCCCUCAGCCUCAAUUUCCUCGCCCGGCGGAACCACGGGCCCCGGGGUUGGGUCACCUUUGGCAUGGCCCUGCUCCUCGUCUUGGUGGAGGUCAUUAUCAACGCUGAGUGGCUGAUCAUUACUGUGGUGAGGGGCGACGAUUUGCCCAAGGACCCCUGCCGGGUGAAGAAUGAAGACUUUGUCAUGGCGUUGAUCUACGUCAUGUUCCUGCAAGUGCUUGCCUUCGUUGCCUCAUGGCCUGUCUUGUGUGGACGUUACAAGCACUGGAGGAAGCACGCCGUCUUUGUUCUCCUCACCACCUCCCUCUCUAUGGCCAUCUGGGUUGUGUGGAUAGUGAUGUACAUUUACGGCAACCAGCAGGAAGGAGGCCAGGCCUGGGACGACCCCACGUUGGCCAUUGCUCUCGUCUCCAACGCCUGCGUCUUUAUUUUCUUCUAUGUCAUCCCAGAGAUCUCCCAAGUCAUCCGGCCAGGACCGGAGCAAAUCUAUGAGGAAGAUGUCUACCCCACCCGGGGAGUGGGAUAUGAAACCAUCCUCAAGGAACAGAAAUCCCAGAGCAUGUUUGUGGAGAACAAGGCCUUCUCAAUGGAUGAACCUUCUUCAGGUAGGCCUCAACAUACAGGUUGUGGAGAGGCAGUUGGCAAUGGGCAUGGGGUUGGUUUGCAGAAACUUCCAUCAUGCUUUUCUAUAGGCAUGAACACCACAAGGCUUGUUUUAAAAUACAGUCGUACUUUGGUUUUCGAACAGCUUAGUUCCCGAACAUUUUAGCUCCCAAACGUCGCGAACCUGGAAGUGACUGUUCCGGUUUGUGAACCGUUUUUGGAAGCCGAACGUCCGGCAGGAUUUCCACAGCUUCUGAUUGGCUGCAGGAGCUUCCUGCAGCCAAUCAGAAGGCGCCAUUUGGUUUUCCAACAUUCUGGAAGUCGAACAGACUUGACUUGUGGCACACUUGUGGCAAAACAACCCAACACAUUGGCUAGCACUGGCAUGGACAGACCUGACAUCUUUUCUGUGCCUCCGGUUAAAGAGACAUGGCCUUAUGGCUGAUCUCCGCUCUCGCUUCCCUCUCCUAUCCUCUGAUGUAGUAAUUCAAUUUCCUGACUUUUCCUUUGUUCCGGUCACUUUCAUUUUCGUUUAAUAAACCACACAGAAUCGAGAGCGGCUAGGUCAAAUCACAGCUCAGAUCUUGGAUACUUUGCAAAGUAUUUAGCUUUGCUAAAUUGUUUUGGAUUUUGAGACUCGGAAACCCACCUUGCAGAGAAGAUGUGCGGCUGAAAAUUUACAAACUUUUAUAUGAGACUUUUUAUUUAUUUAAGAAAAUUUGUAUACCUCUUGAUUGUACAUAAAACCUCUAAGCUGUUUCACACUUAACUUCAAACUGAGAGCAUCAUAGGAUUGGGCUAUAAAUAUAUUGCUUGGCUUAGAACAUGACGGUGUGAAAUUUAUUUAUUAAAUUUCUAUCCCGACUUUCUUUCAAAGGAGCCCAGGAUGGCAUUGGCUUUACUUUCAUCAUGGGCCAAGUUCAGGUGAUGAUAAUUUGAAAUUUAGGAAGAGGAUCCUAAAUCCCGCUCCUUCUGAUUUUUCCAAAGCUGCCAGUAUGCAUAAUCUUACAUCUGCAAAUACAAGAUUUGUGUCUCUUUCCCCAAAAUUUUAGUUGCAGGAGUUUAGAAACUUAAAUGAGAGGAAUCACGUCUUGUAAAAUAAAUUGCUGGAUUCCUUUUGCCCUAGUAGUUGCUCAAAAGGCCACAAUUCCAUCUGCGUGAGAUGAUGGACCCAGAUGAGUAUUUCUGUAAAUAAAUUGUUUUGAUGAUUGGAUUACCUUGACUUCUCCCUCUCCAGUUACUAGUGUGUGCCCUAUUUUAAAGAAUCUACUACUGUGGCACUGAUUCUUUGCCAGCGGGCUGAGAAAAUGAUUCAUGAGCACAUGAUGCUGUUGCAGCUCAUCACGGAUCCCCAAGUGAGCCAUUCUGAGCUUCCUAAAUGAAGUGUGGGGUAUAUGUGCCACAUAUAAAUGAGAAGCUGCUUUGCCCAGGUGCGAAGGAACCAUUUCCUGCAUUGCUCCCUGUGCUGAAAAUGUCACUUAAAUAUAUUCUCUCUAACCUCUGUUCUUGGCUGCCAACCUCCCACCUAAGACCUUAAUCCCACAGAAAGUGUCUUCUUGAAAUCUGUUGCCAGUUUAGCCUCCCCCAGUUUCAAGCAGAGGGAAAAACCUGUAUGUGCCACCGAAAAGCACAAUUUGGAACAAGCUGUUGUCAUUCUCUCUCCAGGCUUUAUAAGAAGCACCACCAAGAAAAGCCCCAAACCAUGCAAAACUAUCCUCAUCUGCAUGAUAUGAAGUGAAGAACUCACAGCAUUGUUCUGUGACUCACUCCGAAAUGCCUCUGCUUCCUGCUGUUUUACACUUAUUCACCAUGUCUUUGAAUUUCCUUAGAUUAUCUCUUCAAGGAUCAAUUUUGCUAUGUAUUCCUCUUCGUUUAGAACUUCUGAAUAUUUCUGCAUUGAAAAGAAAAGUAAUCUGCUUUUUCUGUGUCUAGUUUUGGAUUCCCUGUAGAACUUGAUUCUCCAUAUUUCAGACACUGAAGCAACUCCAAAAUUGUCCCCCCCCCUUUCAUUUUUUAAAAAAAAUUAAUCUUUCAGUCUUUGUGGAAAUAUAUGUACUACACUGCUGAAGAAAGCCAAAGUUAAGACCUUUCAUUUUGUUGCUCUUCUAUAGAAGGAGACAGCAAAGCUAAGGGCGGUAUGUAAAUCUAAACAACAACAACAACAACAACAACAACAACAACAACAACAACAACAACAACAACAACAACAUAACUAGGUUAUGAUAGGGACAAAGAACCUGAAUUGGCUGUGGAAGUCCCAUGUAUGUUGCCAUUUCACACACAGUCAAAAAUCUCAACCGCUCCACAAUUCUUUGUUGGAAAAACCAAUAGGCUAAAAUAUACACACAUAUGACUACAUGGCUGACAGGAUUUUAUUACAGCACGCUUUGCUUCUUAAACCCUAGAGAGGACUCUCUUAUUUAGGAAAGGUCUCCUGAGCACAGUGUGCUCAUUAAAACCUACUCUGUCUAUAGUUACCCACAAACAAGGCUUUGUUUUAUGGCUGGCUUAAGUCACAGAAUGCCCCAGCAGGCUUCUGAUGGUUGUUGCACUUGGGAACAUUGAUUAGUUCGUGCUUCCUGCUUUGUUUCCAACAGCAUGGAAGAAUUAUAGCAAUCACUUCUUUGCAAAGCGGUGAAGGCUUUUGCAAACGCAUAGUGGCAUAUGAAAUGAAGCAUUGUAUAUUACGGAGACGAACUCUAAUAGUUUUGCUCUCUCAGGGCUAAUUUGUACGUCUGACUCUCUCUCUGUGUAUGUAUGUAUAUACAUAUAUAUACAUAUUGUUGUAAACAAAAAUCUGCCCUUUUCCCUUAUGGGGUAUCUAAGAGCCCAUACAGAGUCCUUAUGUAGCUUCUUGGAUACCCCAUAAGGGAAAAAGGCAGAUUUUUGUUUACAACAAUAUACAUAUAUAGUGAUUCUGUCAAAAUGAGUACAAAUGUGAUUGUUGCCCAUGCAGUCAUUUAGGGCUGCCACCCUUUUUAACCGGGAUCUGCUCUUGUAACUGUGUAAGUUAAUGCAGUGUUGAAUUGAGAAAAAAGAUCUUAUCUUUUUGAUGCAACUUUGUGAAUGCAUCAUUGGAUAGUGUGUUAAAAUUGGCAUGCUUUAUUUUGGCUUUUAGGCGUGGUUCUUCUGCUUGCGAGCAGUUUACCAUCAUGUAUGCCUCUUGUAAGCCAAUCGUACACCUUCUCUGACCCUAUAUCAUGGGUAGACAACAUGGUGGUGUUCAGAUGUUGUUGGCUGGGGCUGAUGGGAUUUGGAGUCUAACAACAUCUGGAGGUUACCAUGUAGGGUAUUCUAUGUAUUUGAGGGACGCGGGUGGUGCUGUGGUCUAAACCACUGAGCCUAUUGGGCUAGCUGAUCGGAAGGUUGGUGGUUCGAAUCCCCGUGACGGGGUGAGCUUCCGUUGCUUGGUCCCAGCUCCUGCCAACCUAGCAGUUCGAAAGCACGUCAAAGUGCAAGUAGAUAAAUAGGUACCGCUCCGGCGGGAAGGUGAAAAAUGGCAUUUCCGUGUGCUGCUCUGGUUUUGGUGUUGCGCCAGAAGCAGUUUAGUCAUGCUGGCCACAUGACCUUGAAAAACUGUCUGCGGACAAACGCUGGCUCCCUUGGCCUGUAAAGCGAGAUGAGCGCCGCAACCCCAGAGUUGUCUGCGACUGGACUUAACUGUCAGGAGUCCUUUACCUUUAUUAUGUAUGUAUGUAUUUAUUUAUUUUUAAACACAACCUGCUUUUCACCAUCCAGGUCUCAAAAGCACCAAAGUUUAAAAUGUAAAUUAAAUCUAAAAAAAUUAAAAAUCUCAGAAAUUUAAAAUCUAUUUAAAAACAACAUCAGAAAAUUUAAAAUGUCAGAUAAGUAUUCAUGAUGCAAAGGUCUCUAGGUGUCUGAAACACAGUAUGGGCGGUGCCUCUCAAACUUCUAGUGAGAGGGAGUUCAAUAGAGUUGUGCCCACAACACUGAACUUACGUUGACAUGAGUCAUGUUUCUGUCCUGCGUGUUGGGGGUGGGACCACUAUGAUCUCAGUGUUCUUUGCUCAACACUAGAUUGUGGAGUAUGGGCUUUUCCAUGCUUCCGUUCGUGCCGCAGUUUCUAAGCACAGGUCUCUGUGACUUCCAGGCACAGGUCUGAGCACGAUUUUUUUUCUUUCCCCAGGGAAGCCCACUGUUUACCGCUGAAUCGGAACAAACAGCAAUCCAUGGAAAACCUGAUUGACAUUAAUUCUGAUUCAGCAGCAAACAGUGGAUUUUGCUGGAGAAAGUGGUGGGACCAAAACGAAAAAGAAAAAAGAUCUGCUAGCACCUGUGUCUGGAAGUCAUGGACGUGCCUAGAAAAAGUGGCACAAACAGAAGCAUGCAUCAUAGGAUCAUAGAGCUGUAGAGUUGGAAGGGACCCUGAGGAUGAGGAUGAUGAUAAUAAUAAUAAUAAUAAUAAUAAUAAUAAUAAUAAUAAUAAUUUUUAUUUCUACCCCGCCCAUCUGGCUGGGCUUCCCCAGCCGCUCUGGGCGGCUCCCAACAUAAUACUAAAAACACAAUAAAACAUCAAACAUUAAAAACUUCCCUAAACAGGACUGCCUUCAGAUGUCUUCUAAAAGUCAGAUAGUUGUUUAUUUCCUUGACAUCUGGUGGGAGGGCGUUCCACAGGGCGGGCCCCAUUACCGAGAAGGCCCUCUGCCUUGUUACCUGUAACCUCAUUUCUCACAGUGAGGGAACCACCAGAAGGCCCUCGGAUUAGCUAGUCCAACCCCCUGUACUGCAGGAUGAUGCAACUGUCCCAUAUGGGGAUUGAAUUUACAAUCUUGACAUUAUCAGCACCAUGCUCUAAUCAACCGAGCUACCUGGGCCGAACCACUAUUCUGCCUCUUACAUGGGUUAUUUGAGUAAAAAAUCUUCUGCUUCUGCUCAGCCUGCGCUGUCUGAAAACCAUCUUUGUCACUGAAGAUCUCCCAAGCCUGUGUGCCUUUUAAUGUUAUUUUCUUGUGAUUUCUCUUUCUUUUCAGCCAAAAAACCUGUGUCUCCAUACAGCGGAUACAACGGGCAGCUGCUGACGAGUGUGUACCAGCCCACAGAGAUGGCUCUCAUGCACAAGGGGCCUGUAAGUGAGUGUGAAGCUCUGCUGGUGUUUCUUAUCUUUCUCGACUGUAGCUUAGCUUCCAGAAUGUUGGGCUUUUUAAAAAAAAUAAAAUAGAAAACACAACAUCCUCUUGAGCAGUUCAGCAGGAGAAGUUGGCUCCUGACAGAGAGAGGUGAAACCUCUCAUAAAUGUCAAAUCCAGAUAUUCUGUGUAGUUAUCUCUAGAUAAGGGGGCAGGAUAAACAGCGUCACUCUGUGUGUUUGCAUUCUUUGGAUGUAAACUUAACACUCACAGGUCUUUGAGUUCAGCCUGAUUCUGCAGGAUAAUGGGGGGAAACUGCUUCUCAUCUGCGCCUUAUUCAGAUGGCAAGCCUAGGACCCUUUGACUCAACACCUAGUUUGGAAAAAAAAUGUUUUCAGAACAUUUUAUUUCAUGGAUAAGUGUUCAGUUAUGCGAGUCCUCAUUUGGAGUCUGAGAAGGUACAAUCAGAAUCAGAUUUACCACCUCAUUUGCUUCCUGGGAGAAGUAGGCUUGACAGGAACAUGUUUUUUUUAAUAAAACCAAAACCAAAGGAGUUUAUUUGACCUGUAUUGUCCUGCAGAGAUUAUAUGUGUGGCAGGGGAAAGGAUUGAGGUUAGGGAAGACAGUUCAUGUGACUAUUUUGUCAUCUGACUUGGUCAAAGAAAGCGUUCAGAUUAUUAUAUCUGAGCUUGCAGACACAGCCCUUGGUGCUACCCUUUGCGGGAGCUGGGAAAGGAACCAGGAAGUCUUCUAAUAACUAUAGUUUCCUGUUUCAUCCAAACUGAGGGAAACGAUGGUUAGCGUGAAAAGCUUCAAACAAGCCAGACACAAAGCCAUGGUUUAAAGUUGGUUUUAAUAUCCUGGCUUAUUCCAGAGUUGUUAAUCAUUGUUUCCUGCUUCAGACAAAACUGGAAACGAUAGUUAAUUGGAAGGUCCCAUGAUUUGUUUGCCAGCUCACGCAAAGAGAGGAAUGAAAAGGGGCUGCAGGGCAUGGCCAAGAGAGGCUCACCCACACCUCAGCAUAUUAAAAUGAGGCAUGAUUGUUUGAACACAGUCAAAAUAUACUCAGUGAAUUUGGGAUGUCAGAGAUGAUGAGAGAGGAGUUUGCACCUUCCCUAGCGUCCAUUUGUAUCUCCACACAGAAGUUCACCUAACACUGCUGCAGAAGCUGGAUUUGGGCAUUUACUCAAUAUCUUUGGUAUCGCCGCAGCAGCUACUGUAUUUCUACUGUUUUGCAAGUUUUAGUAUAUUGCAAUUUAGGAAUCCGAGGUAUGCAUGAACUUGAAGUGUGCAUGUCACCAUGCUGCUCCAGGGACCCAAGUGAAAAUGCUCUCUGACUGAGUCAUGCCCUUGGAAAGUCAAAACGAAACAGUUUUUUCUUCUUCUGUUUUGAUCUAAAAAAGCCUCAGAUCUGUUGCAUGUGCCAACAGUUUCUCACAUGUGGAAAUGAUGUCAGAAAUCGGGAAAAGUUUCAUACAGCCUGGUGAAAAGUGAUUUGAAAAUGGAACAGUUCAAGCCUUCUUCAUUGAAGGUCAAAUCUGUAUGCCUAUAGAUGAUGCGUGCAGAAUGUUGAUUGGCUGUGUUUAUUUGACCAUACUGCAGCUCCUGGUUGCCUUUCUGACCACACUUUCUGCUCACUUCUUACUCUUUUUGUUGCUGCUGUUGUUGUUUUGCUUCCAGUCCGAGGGCCCCUAUGAUGUCAUCCUCCCUCGCGCCACAGCCAACAGCCAAGUGAUGGGCAGUGCCAAUUCUACACUGCGUGCUGAGGAUGCCUACAUUUCACAGAAUAAGCAGGCAGUGGCACAGAAGGAUGGAAAGAGCGGGCAGGUGUGUAACUGGCUAAUGCAGCUGCGACUGGAAUUCUGUUCCAGUCCCAACUACAGAUAUAUAGUGAAUCCCUAUCUUUCUGCCCCUCUGAACUGAUUUAUACACUGCUUCUAGCCCGGCUUGCCUUGAUACAAUCUCUGCAAUUCAUAAUACACCCAUGUGACUGCAGCUGACCUGUAUGUUGCUGUUAGUUCAUACAGUGGUACCUCGGGUUAAGUACUUACCGUAUUUUUCGCUCUAUAAGACAGCACCAGACCACAAGACACACCUAGUUUUUGGAGGAGGAAAACAAGAAAAAAAAUAUUCGAAUCUCAGAAGCCAGAACAGCAAGAGGGAUUGCUGCUCAGUGAAAGCAGCAAUCCCUCUUGCUGUUCUGGCUUCUGUGAUAGCUGCGCAGCCUGCAUUCGCUCCGUAAGACACACACACAUCUCCCCUUACUUUUUAGGAGGGAAAAAAUGAGUCUUAUAGAGCAAAAAAUACGGUAAUUCGUUCUGGAGGUCCGUUCUUAACCUGAAACUGUUCUUAACCUGAAGCACCACUUUAGCUAAUGGGGCCUCCAGCUGCCGCCGCACCACCAGAGCACGAUUUCUGUUCUCAUCCUGAAGUAAAGUUCUUGACCCGAGGUAAUAUUUCUGGGUUAGUGGAGUCUAUUACCUGAAGCGUAUGUAACCCAAGGUACCACUGUAUUAUGUGCCUUGCAGAGUAAUGCACGACUUGUGCAACCGCAGAACCUGGAGAAAAUACAAGCCGUGAUUUGGUCCUCACUUUGAAUUUUGGAAUAUCCUGCAAAUUUUAUUUAGGUUGAUCGCUAAUUUUUAAAUUAUUAUUAUUAACAGUGGGGUUUUUUCUGGGGGGUACGCAGGGGUACGCAUACCGCUAAACAUUUUGUGAAUCUUUCUACAUUUAUCCAUUUAUUGUAUUUAUUUCCCCCGAUUUGAACUAUAAAAUGGGGGCUUUCUUCCCUGUUUUUUUUAAUUGGGUUUUAUAAGCAGGAAUAAUGUUAUCAGAUGGUGAUUUUCUUGAGUCAAAAUGAGAGUACUCCUAAACAUUUUUAAAGGAAAAUAGCACUUGUUAUUAUACACCACUUUUCAAGCAAAACGCUUCUCAAAGCAGUUUUCAAAAAUGUACACCCCCCCCCCCCACAAAUUCCUAACACGGUUUUUAAAAAAGACGUUUUAAACAGCAUAAAAUACUAGUAAAUAUAUGAUGUGGAACUGAGCACCAUAAUUGGAGGGCCACCACUGAGAAAGUCAUGGUUGGCAUUUGCCAGCCAACCUAAUUGUCUUUGUAGGUGGGCCUUUGAAGUGGAUUUUAAAGGGAGGGACAGGUUGAUAAUGGAUGCAGAUGGUCCUUUAAGUAACCUGGUCCCAAAUUAUUCCAAGGCUUUAAAGGUCAUUUGCAACACUUUAAUUUGGUUCCAGAAACACACUGUAAAUAUACACCAGUGGGUGGCUGCAUUUUCUACCAUUUGAAGUUUCUAAGCAGCUUUUACAAGCCUGGAUGUUGCUAAUAAAUAGGUGGUAACCAAGGCAAGGUCCAUUCUCUCCAGAUAGGAUUGCGGCUGGUGAACCAACUGAAGCUGUUAAAAAGCACCCCUUGCCAACUCCCAACAUCUGAACCACACUCCAGUAAGUGUGGAGUGUGAACUGCAAAGCUGAUCCUUCAGAGGAGUGCAACCCAAUCUAGGGUCAGUUCCAAACUUAGAAGGGCUUGUUUCCUGCCCCCACCCCAUCCCAGUUGGCUUUAGUUAGCUAUACUUAAAAGACCAUUCCUGCUGUAAGAAAACUAAUGUAUCAAUCUUGUCUUUUGUUUCAGGCUUCAUCUCCUUACAGCAAGAGCAGGUGGUAGAAGCCAAAGUCUUGAUUUCAGAAGGUCCUGUUCCUCGAGGAUGCCUUGCAAAACCUGCCUUUGCGAAGUUGCAUCUAAUGAGGCUAGGCCUCAGUUAGCCAUUGAGAUUUCAUUCUGGCAGUGGAGACAAUACAGUUUCUUCUUGUUACACAUAACUCCAAGUGCUCUGCUUGACCUCUGCUUUAGAAAAUCUGGGUUGCCGUACUGGGAUACACCUGUGGUUUGCUUGUUUUUUAAAAUUCUGGACAGCAGGACUUCUGUGUUCCUUGGAGCCUUCAAUCAAGUUCUUCUUAGUGCCACCUCUGCAGUACAACUAGCCAGCAUUUUGGGACCCUCUUUCCUCCUCCUUCUUUUUUUUAACACGCCACACCAUUCAUGGACCACGUUGACUUUGCUGUGAGUGUCUCACAUUCUUCUGCAAUGCUACCUGUUUUUGUGCUGUACAAAUCCGCCUUUCCUAAUACUGAGAUGAUCUUGUCUAGGCCACAACUUGGCCUCCUGGUGGAUGAUUGAGUUGCCCCUACCUUUCACCCCAUUGCCAAAUCCCACAAGGGAGUGCUUCAGAACUGAGAAGGGUGCUGCUGUUUCGAUUCCUCUUCAACGGAGGCCGUGUAGAUGCUAGUCCUUCCGCGGAGAAAAACUUUGUCAAGUGUAGAAAGAACUGUGGUAACCGCUCUCUCGUAGCCCUCCUGCCUUUGGACUAACCCUGAAGUGCAACAGAUAUUAUGCCUGUCCCAGAAUCCUGAUUGCUCCGGAUCUGCUGCCUCUCCACCCCUCAGGGCAACACAAAAUGAAGGCCGCAUAAGGACUUUUUGAUGUUUGGUGCUUAGCUCUGGGUGACAAGGUGCAUGAGGGGGGUUGCAGUUCUGCCUUAUUUUGCAGGCAGCAUCUCAGAUGUCUGUGACGACUGUGUUUUGGGGGUAUUUGUGAGUUCUUGGUGCCACCCAUUGAACAUACAGGAGGUGCCAACUGAUGGGGAAAGCUAAAGGAGACAGAUGGGGUACUUCCUAGUUUCCACACAGAGAGAGUUGUGGGAGAUUCAUGACAUCUGCUGUUCCCUGUCAGUAGAUGCAACGUCAAAAGGGUCCCCCUCCCAGUUCUGCCCCCCAGCACAAGCUCAUUUGGACCUCUGAGUGAGAUUCGCAAAGUGGUCACCUCAGUUACAUGACAGAUACAUAAGUUCAUCUCCACAGAAAGGAGAGAAGGAGGGGAGAUGGAAUUAUAAAGUGAAGCCAGAGGGUCUAGCAGUUCAGGAGAAUGGGGAGUUUUCCAUGCCCAAAGUUGCUGUAUUUCCACUGGAGUUUCAGAGGAUAAAGCUUUGGAAGUCUUAGGCUGCAGAGCUCAUCACAGAAAAGUAAUGGCCUCUCUUUAGUUUUAUUCAUACUUCACUCCUCAUCUGCUGAGAAUGGGCCGCACCUACUCUGAAUCUCCUGCCUAAAAUUCUCUUGGCUUUUAUGCCAUGCGCAUUAUAAAGUGACGCCCCCUUUUUCUCUUCCAUUGUUAGGCAAUCUGUCUCCGCUAAUAACAACCCUAUAAUCCCCUUGCCUUCUCCCUGUAUGUAUAUCUUGCCUUUGACAAAAGUGGGCUUUGACCCAUGAGAGCUUUGUGCUGCGAUAAAACAGUUACAGUACAAACCUCACCACAUUAAAAAAACAACAACAACAAAAAACCAAGUCCCUCUGAGCUCAGUGGGGCUUACUCCCAGGUAAGUGGUGCCAGGAUCUCAGCCUUAGUCUUUUAAGGUGCCACCACUCACAUGCUGCCCGCGCACUGCUCUGUGCCAGUUGUGUUGGGCUAUGGCCUGACCCGUUUUCCUGGUAGUCUUAGCAUCCUGAGGCUCCACCACCUUUUAUCUCCUCUUCCUUGUUCUCACUUUGGAGAGAGGAAAAGAGGUUCUGUUUUUCUCUCAGAUACAGGCAGGGAGGUGGAUGCUGCUGUUGUGUGGGCCUGGUUGGGAGAAGGGCUUGAAGAAAUGGACAUGCAGAAAGUGCUAGCUACGCACUCCCGGCAAUGCCUUUGUACCUGGCCUCUGCUUUCCGAGAGUGGGUCUACUCAGUGCCUUUUGUAGAUGGGCCUCACUUUUAUCUGAAGCACUCUCUACAAUGGCAGGAGAGGGAUCGUAUCCAGCUUUUAGAAUCUGCCGCCCUACCACUUUGUGCUCAAGAAUAUGAAUUUAUGCUCACUGAAGCCAAGGCUAGUCAUGAAGAGCCUCACAGUGAGUCAUGAUUUCUGGCCAGCCUUACUGAGAAUGAUGUUCUGCGCCUUGCUGUUGUAUGUGUGUAUUUGGGUGAGUUGUUCUCUAUAUAGAUAAUGCAGUGUGAUUUUUUAAAAUCUGGCUGUGAGUGAAUGGCAGGAAGAACUCAGGAGGAGGGUCGUGUGCGACUGUUGUUUUAAUCCAAGUGUUAUUUAAGUGGGGGUCGGGGGAAGAAGUGUGUCCUUUUUAGGACUGGCUUUUUUUAGCCCAGAGUUCUCUGACAAAUUAAAUCAGUUUUGGUUUUUUUCCUAAUUUUUGUGGCCGACUUCUUGUUUUCUCAUAUAUUCUUUCGUGAGUUUGGAGAGGAACGGGAUGGGGAGGCCAAAUAAUAUGGGCAGGCCUUUUGGAGAACCAGCAACAAACAGGGCCUUCCUGACCUUGAGAGUCAGGUGAUCAAGGGAAGCCAAUCCCACUCAACUUCCUCAAGGUCUGCUAUACUCCUUUAAGGGCUCAUCUACACCUACAUUUGUUCUGCAUUUUCUAGGCACAGAUCUGGGCUUUCCUUGCCGUGCCCAAGGUGGGGUGGUAUUGUUUUUAGGCCCUGGUGCCUUACUGAGAAUGGAAAACCAGGAAAACCAGUGCUUUAUCGGAUCAACCCAUGGAAAACCCAGCUGCCGUUUGCUCCAAUUCGGCGGUAAAACAUGGGUUUCCCUGGGGAAGGUACCAGGACAAAGGCGUGGGAAAAUGCUCAGGUACAGACCUGGAAAUUCUGAACCUCAGCCUAGAAACUUCACAAAAGGAAGAGUCCAAAGUGCAAAUUGGCCAGCUGUGUGCCACGCAGCUCCCAUCUUUCCUUGUUUAAUUAUAGGCCACGAUCCUGAUGAGAAGCACACCCCCUGCCAAUGAGCACUCCCCCCCAAGCCUUGUGUGUGAGAUUCUCAUUGGGAUUGCAGUUGAGGAAGGAAGGAUUAGGCCUUAUGAGAACCUGUCACCCCAGCACCUUUGAAAUGAAGAAAAGAAUCACCAAGACGUGUAGUUGUACAUUAAGCGUGCCAUUCUCCAUCACACAAUGGCACACAUUCAAUAUGGGCAAGCGUACCAGAUGGAAUGACACCCCACACACUGUUCUGGGGGGUUCUGAUCCCUCUGAACCAAUUUUUGGGGGGUUCAUGGGGGUGGGAGGAAGCCUUGUUGUGCAAGCAGGUGAGCUCUGCCCUAUGCAUUUGGCAUAAUAUGCAAUUUUACCCUCAGUUGUGUCCCCUUCCCCCUUAGGGUAGGGUUGCCAUACAUCCCAGACAUGUCCUCUUUUGGGGGGCUACAUGCCUAUCCAGGGGUAUUUUUUACAAUUUAAGCAAAUAUCCAGGGUUUGCGGGGGUGGGGUUUAGAAAAAAAUAUGUGCCUGGGCGAUUCUGGCUCUGUUUUGGGUUCUGGUGUGGACGUCGGUGGCAGCAGAUGGCCGGUGGUUGAGCAAUUGAUCUUCCAAAAGGCCGAAGCUCAGCAUAUAUAUAUAUUUGGUCCGGAUUUUUACCUCAGGGCCACCCUACCUUAGGGCAUGUUUAUUACAGUAAUAAACAUCUGAACAUUUUUGUUGU